CCCCCAGGCCGCAGCUGGGGCUCCUGGGCCCAAGGUGGGGCCAGAGCACGUGGCAUCCCCCUAUCCCCCGACCAGGCGAGCGUUGACCCCGGCCUGGGGCUUGCGAAGCGCGCCUCCUCUCCCGCUCCGCCUCGCCUGGCCGGCGGCACUGCAGAGCCCGCCUCGAGAGCAAGCGCAGGCUGCAGGGGCGGGGCGAGCCGGGCACCCGGCACCGCCCCCGAGCGCGCGCGCGAGCACUGCUCCGCCCCGGAUGGCGUCCGCCGGAGUUGACGUUAGCCUUGGAAACGCGGAGCGUGCCCGGGAGGGAUGGCAGUGAUCUCCUUGUGAGGCUGCUGCAGCUUCUGUGCCUCUGCGUUCGGGCCACAGCCAGCCUCACGGCGAGAGCCCCCAGCCUGGGCUUACCUGCAAAAAUGCAGCGCCGGGGAUGCCUUCGCGUCGCCUCUUCCCUUGGGUGACUCGAGACUGCUGUGUUAAAGAAAAGGAUGUGACUUUCAGAAUAAUCCUGAGUGAGAAGAAUGAGUCCAGAUGUGCCUCUGCUGAAUGAUUACAAACAGGACUUCUUUCUGAAGCGCUUUCCACAGACUGUUCUUGGAGGCCCUCGACUCAAAUUAGGCUAUUGUGCUCCACCUUACAUAUAUGUUAAUCAAAUUAUCCUUUUUCUGAUGCCAUGGGUUUUAGGUGGAAUAGGAACACUUUUGUACCAAUUAGGCAUCCUGAAAGACUAUUAUGCAGCAGCACUUUCAGGUGGACUAAUGCUUUUCACUGCAUUUGUCAUCCAGUUUACAAGUUUGUAUGCCAGAAACAAAUCAGUGACAGUGGAAAGAAUGCUAACCACAAAUAUCUUAGCAGAGGAAGAUGAGCAUGAAUUUACAAGUUGUGCUGGUGCUGAGACUGUCAGAUUUCUAAUUCCUGGCAAGAAAUAUAUAGUCAAUAUAGUUUUUCAUUCUGUUCUUGCUGGGUUAGUGUGUGGUCUUGGAACAUGGUAUCUGCUCCCAAAUAGAAUAACCUUGCUGUAUGGCAGUACAGGAGGCACUGUUCUACUAUUUGUCUUUGGAUGGAUGACAUUAUGUAUAGGAGAAUAUUCACUAAUUGUAAACACUGCUAUAGAGACUGCAGCUUUCCAAACCCAGGAUACUUAUGAAAUCACUCCUCUUAUGAGACCUCUUUAUAUUUUUUUAUUUGUUUCUGUGGAUCUUGCACACAGGUAUAUGGUAAAUAUACCAGCUCUAGAACAAAUCAAUCAGAUUUUACACAUCUUGUUUAUAUUUUUACCCUUUCUGUGGGCACUUGGGACUCUGCCCCCACCUGAUGCACUUUUCUUAUGGGCAAUGGAGCAAGUUUUAGAGUUUGGCCUUGGAGGAUCAUCUAUGUCAACCCACCUACGGUUGUUAGUAAUGUUUGUCAUUUCUACUGGAACAGCUGUAACAUCAUAUUUCAUUCCCAGCACUGUUGGUGUGGUUCUUUUCAUGAGUGGACUUGGAUUCUUACAGAGUCUUAACUUAAGUGACAUGGGUUUUGUCCUCAAACACAGUGUGACCAGACACAGAGUUGGAACCAAAUCUAGAACGUUACCCAGUGGUUCAGAAAAACAGUUUACAUGGAAGGAAUGCCUUUUCUACAUCAUUGUAUUAGUCUUCGCUCUCUUAGAAACUAGUUUCCUACAUCACUUUGCUGGUUUCUCACAGGUUUCCAAAAACAGUUCCCAGGCUGUCGUUGGCUAUAUUUUGAUGAUAUUACUUAUAAUACUGUGGAUACUUAGAGAAAUUCAAAGCAUCUAUAUCUUUGGGAUUUUCCAAAACCCUUUCUAUCCAAAAGAUAUACAGACUGUGACUGUAUUCUUAGAGAAGCAAACAAGGCUCAUGAAGAUUGGUGUUGUCAGACGGAUUUUGUUAACUUUAGUGUCACCUUUUGCUAUGAUAGCAUUUCUUUCAUUGGACAGUUGCUUAGAAGGGCUGCACUCUGUGUCUGUCUCCAUUGGAUUCACAAGAGCUUUUAGAAUGAUAUGGCAGAAUACAGAAAGUGCUUUAUUGGAGGCAGUCAUUGUAUCGGCAGUGCCCUUGUUGAUCUCUGGCACAGACUUAUGGUGGAAUAGAAGCCUGGAUACAGGAAUCAGACUCUUACUGGUUGGUUUCAUGCGUGAUCGUCUGAUUCAGUUCAUCUCUAAAUUGCAGUUUGCUGUGACUAUUCUUUUGGCAUCAUGGACAGAGAAAAAACAACAUCGAAAAACAACUACCACUUUAUGUAUACUCAAUAUUGCCUUCUUUCCCUUUUUGUUGGUCAUUAUAGUUUUUUCUACACUACUCUCUUCUCCCUUGCUACCCCUCUUCACCCUUCCUGUGUUUUUGGUGGGGUUUCCCCGACCUAUUCAGAGUUGGCCAGGAGCAGUGGGCACCACAGCCUGUGUGUGUGCAGAUACAGUGUACUACUACCAGAUGGUCCCCAGGUUGACUGCUGCUCUGCAGACUGCAAUGGCAGCUGGAAGUUUAGGUCUCCUCUUACCUGGGUCUCAUUAUUUGGGACGUUUUCAGGAUCGUUUGAUAUGGGUCAUGAUUCUAGAACAUGGGUAUACUUAUUGCUGUAUUAACAUUAAGGGAUUAGAAUUGCAAGAAACAUCCUGUCAUACCGCUGAAGCUCGAAGAGUUGAUGAAGUUUUUGAAGGUGCUUUUGAGCAAGAAGAAUACACAAAAGUAUGUUCCCUUAAUGAACACUUUGGAAAUGUCUUGACACCCUGUACUGUUUUGCCUGUGAAACUGUAUUCUGAUGCCAGGAAUGUCCUAUCUGGCAUAAUCGAUUCUCACGAAAACUUGAAAGAAUUUAAAAGUGACCUUGUUAAAGUACUUGUGUGGAUAUUCAUUCAAUACUGCUCUAAAAGGCCCAGCAUGCAGCAGGAUGUUCACAAAACUGAAAAUAAAGGGAAAGCACCUCUAAUAACCUUGCCUGCCUUAAACACUUCACCACAUUCCAAAUCACCAGAAGACACAGGUAGUUUAAAUUCAGAAACUCUUGAUGACUGGUCUGAUGAUGAUAAUAUUUUUGAUGAUGAGCCAACUAUCAAAAAAGGAAAAGAAGAAAAAGAUCAGUUGAAAGAUUUGCCAGGUACAAAUUUGCCGAUUCCAGGAUCAGUAGAAUCACAGAGCACUGAUGAUCAUCUUUCAAUUCCUGAAAACAAUCUUUACAAAGCAGUUUUACUGGGAUACCCGGCUAUUGACAAAGGAAAACAAGACAUGGCAUAUAUCCCUCUCAUGAAGUUCAGUUGUUCACAUUCUCACUUAUUAAGCUUACCUGAAGAGUGGAGGUCUAAUUGUAUGCCUAAUUCCAAAAUGAAGGAGAUGAGCUUGUUAUUUCCGGAAGACUGGUACCAGUUUGUUUUAAGGCAGUUGGAAUGUUUUCAUUCAGAGGAAAAGGCCUCAAAUGUACUGGAAGAAAUUGCAAAGGACAAAGUUUUAAAAGACUUAUAUGUUCGUACAGUUAUGACUUGUUAUUUUAGUUUAUUUGGAAUAGACAAUACGGCUCCUAGUCCUGGCCAUAUAUUGAGAGUUUACAGUGGUGUUUUGCCUUGGUCUGUGGCCUUGGAUUGGCUCACAGAAAAACCAGAACUGUUCCAACUAGCACUGAAAGCUUUCAGGUAUACUCUGAAACUAAUGAUUGAUAAAGCAAGUUUAGGUCCAAUAGAAGACUUUAAAGAGCUGUUUAACUGCCUUGAAGAAUAUGAAAGUGACUGGUACAUUGGUUUGGUAUCUGAUGAAAAAUGGAAAGAAGCAAUUUUACAAGAAAAGCCACACCUGUUUUCUCUAGGUUAUGAUCCUAAUAUGGGAAUUUACACUGGGAGAGUACUUACCCUUCAAGAAUUAUUGAUCCAAGUUGGGAAGUUGAAUGCUGAAGCUGUUAGAGGUCAGUGGGCCAACCUUUCAUGGGAAUUGCUUUAUGCCACUAAUGAUGAUGACGAACGUUAUAGUAUACAAGCUCAUCCACUGCUUUUGAGAAACCUUACGAUACAAGCAGCUGAUCCUCCUCUGGGAUAUCCAAUUUAUUCUUCAAAACCUGUUCAUAUACAUUUGUAUUAGAGUCCAUUUUGACUUGUAAAUGUAAUGUCAUCAAAUAAGGUGUUUUCAUUUUUCCACCCUAGAAAAGUAACACUUCACUGGACAAUUUCCCUGUCUCAAGUCAGAUGCCUGAGAAAAGCUAAGCACCAUCAAUUUUAGUUGGUUCUCUUAGCCAUCUUAAUGGUUUAAAAAACAAGAACUUUAUGUCUAACAUAAAAGUUUAAACUAUUUGGCCGGUAUGUGUGCCCUAUGGACUGUGGUAGGCUUUGGUAAAUAUGAUAAAACAUUUGUAUAAGAUUAAAUAAUGAAUUUUUCAGUGCUUUUUUUAAAUGUCUAUAGGUGGCUUGUCUUACAAAAGACAACAGCUAUGUAAUUUUUACACGCUUAAAAGAUAUACAUAUCUGUGUUUUUAAGUAAUGAUAAUGGAUCCAACUGAAGGCUA